AUGGACUCAAUUAAAAGCAGUAAACAGAGGCAAAAAGUACAAGCCAAGACAUGGGUUAAAACUACAAUAAACCCUGAGGAGAUCAGGCUAACACCAUCUCAUGUAUUUCCAAAGGUGACGAAAGAGAACAACAACCUUUUGACCACAGUUGAAGACAAGACUGCCGAGCUAUACCAUUCAGAGGGUCAGAGACUUGCCCACAAUGGUAAACACUUUACAGAAGUCGGAAAGAAACAGCAGAACAGACAUUUAACUGAGAUACGGUCGGCUUUUAAUUACCUCUUGUUGCCAACCUAAACCAUUUAGUUGCUUAGGGAAUUAUAUAUGGACCUGUUGGUGAAAUUGAAAGUAAUGUUUUGUUAUUUCUUUGCAGAAGAAGAACUAAAGAUGCACUCUGGUUCAGAGAA